AAUGUCAGCUCCGUCCCGUACCGUUCUUCGCGAAUUGACGGCGACCAAAUACGUGGCCAACUACACCGAUGAAUAUCAAUUGGAAACCGCUCGAGCCGGUUGCUCAGCCCUCCCACCACAACCCAACAUCAAUCAUGAUGCAAUUAUCGAAGGGCAUGGAGAAGACGUGGAGCUCGUCGAGGAUAAGAACUACCGUUCCCUGCAUCGUAUCGAUGAAACUCCAAAGCUCGUCGACAAGAAGCCGAGCAAGGCAAUCAUCCGCGAUGAAGCUGUCAAAGUGCUAAGAGACAUUCAAACAAUGCCGAUUGAAAAUCUCCGUCUCAAGCGCUACGACUUCUUCUCGCAAAGAUGGUUCAACACGACCAGAGAAUCGGAGAAAGCGCUUGUCGAGCACGUGCUCCUUCAUCCGAACCAGCGACCACACUAUUUCGCCGCUCAGUGCCGCAUGCUUUCGGCCGAAGAUAUCUCCAGUCUGAUUCUAACUUCCCUCCUGGCCGAGCCGAAAGAGACGGGUCAAAAUGUGGUUCGAUUUGCGAUCCAGGCAAAGACUGCAAUGCCGUUCCAGCAAUUGUUUGCAAUUCUCGAAAAACUGGAGAUGGAAAUCGAAGGCUUCCAGAUGACAGACAGCUUUGUGGUGGCAACAUUGAUCCGAUCACAGAGCAAGAGUACUACCACUCGUCGCCUGCGAACAACAAACUGCCGGGAAUACGGAAAUCUCGAGCCAGGACUCGAUUCACAAGGCCGACUGAUGGCCUCGACUGCAUCAAUCACGUGUUCGAUUCGAGGAAAGCGCCACGUGGAAACGAGGAUCGUGUACAAUAACAACUCGAGCGCCAGGGAUCCUUUCCGGAGAUAUAGAUACAUCGAAUUGGAGCAAACGGUGAAGUGCAUGAACCGACGAGUGCAGAUUGUCGAAGAGCCAGUCGAAUUUCAUGAAUUCGAGGUCGAAAACGAUAUGGUCUCGUUGAGAAAUGGAAUGGUGCUUGUCGACGACCUAAUCUCGUUCCUCGAAACAUUCGAACUGGAUGAAGAGUGAAUUCAUUUGUCCAAUAAUUAGUUAUAAUGUGCAUAAGUUUUUGUAUAUAUCUAUCUGAAUAACUAAGUGGUUCCUGUUAAAUAUAUCAACUAACUUUCCCCUAUUUUAUUUUCCAUUCCUCCAACUCACCAUGACCCUCGAAUAUUUUGUUUAUGUUCAACAUGUAUAUUGCUUGAAUUAACUUUACCAAAUCAUGAACUGGUUGAUUUAAA